AUGUCGACAGUCGAGAUGGCCGCUGCGGCCGUAGCGCCAGCCUCAGCUACAGUCGACGAGAAAGCCGUCGUGCCUUCCACAAUCGAAGUUCCAAAUCCUGAGGGUCGACCGCCAUGCUUCAAAUCGACGACACAGGAAGUGCUAUUCGUGUUGACGGCAACCAUGGCAAUAGCAAUGGGCGCUUUUUUGAGCGGAGCCGUCUCUGUCAUUUCCGCCUCUGUUGGAAGAGACCUAGGCAUGACCACAGCAGAGAUCACAUGGAUGAGUUCAGCAAACACUCUGGCUGGCGGCGCGUUUCUGCUGUUGUUUGGCAGACUCGCCGACUGCUUUGGACGAAAGUCGUUAUUCGUGGGCUCGCUCUUCAUCUUCGCUGUCUUUUCGCUUGCCGCUGGGUUCUGCAAAACGCCAAUCGCAAUUGAUGUGCUCAAUGGAUUGAUGGGGCUCAUGACAGCAGCAUCUGUACCCCCUGCUCAAGGGCUUUUGGGAACGAUCUACGAAAAACCCUCGCGACGAAAAAAUGCAGCGUUUGCUUGCUUCUCUGCUGGUAAUCCAUUGGGCUUUGUAUUUGGCACCAUCUUUUCUGGAAUUGCUAGUGACAUCUUCAACUGGCGAGCUAGCUUCUUCCUUCUCGCCAUCAUCUAUCUCGUCUUCAGCAUCUUGGCUAUUUUCACAGUACCCAAGGAUACAACACCAAAAGAACCGUUCAACUGGGAGACUUUCCAGAAACUUGACCCAAUCGGAGUGGUCUUGACCAUUGCUGGCGUAGGCAUGUUCUGUGCUGCUCUCUCUUCAGGCGAUACGGCACCUCACGGCUGGAAGACAGGCUACAUCAUUGCUAUGCUGAUCGUUGGCGCCUUGCUGAUUGUCGCCUUUGUCUUUUGGGAACUCUACUACCCACAUCCAUUAGUCCCCAUGUCCAUAUGGCUCGACAAGAACUUCUCACUCCUCAUGGUAGUCUUGCUCCUUGGCAUGAUGUCUUUCUCCGUCGCUGAAUUUUUCCUCGCUCUAUACAUGCAGGAAGUUUGGAGAUGGUCACCCUUGACCACUGCUGUGCAUUUGCUUCCGAUGGCCAUCAUGGGCAUCAUCGUCAAUGUCGUCGCCGCCUUCGUCAUGCACAAAAUCAGUAACAAAGCACUCAUACUCACCGGUUGCUUCGGCUACAUCCUUUCCUUCACUCUCAUCGCCGUCAACACCGCCCAUUCCUCCUACUGGGCCUUCUGCUUCCCAUCCUUGUUGUUUGCUGUCGUAGGCGCAGACCUCGAAUUCAACGUCGCAAACCUCUACGUCGCUAGCUCCAUGCCUAUACACCAACAAUCCAUCGCCGGCAGUAUCGUCCAGACCAUUACUAAACUCUGCCAAUCUGUAAGCUUUGGUAUUGGUACUGCUGUUUUCAAUGCUGUGGGUAAAAGUGCAAAGCCAGGAGGUCGUUGGGAUGUUGCUACCAAGCCUUACUCUGCGGUCUUCUGGUUUGCGGUCGCGGCGAGUGGGGUUUCUGUUGUUUUUGGCAUGUUCUUGACGGUUGGGACGCAGGGAGGUAAGGAGAAAGAGGUUGAAGAUGAAGGUGGUGAGGUGAGGAGUAGAUAG